UUCUGGUUUUGCGGGUGAUAAAAGUGAUGAAUAAACCGAAUAAAAACGCGCAUACACGGCUCGAAAUGGAUCUGUAACUUCGUAUGAGCAUUGCUUAACAUAGUGACACAACGUAUAGGACACCUUGCUGCUUGAAAAGGGGCGUGCUGGCACCGCUUAGCAAUAGCACGGUGUAUCGUACAAUUCCUGUUUGGACCUGUUGUAUCUUGUUGUGGCUGAAGUAGUCCGGACUCCGCAACUGUAAAGGCGAAAACACCACUUCUGCCGCGAACAGUUGAUUUGCAACAGAGGAUCCACCGCUUGUGCCAAAUAAAACCACUAGCAAAGUUGUGCCAAAACUGAAGACGAACCAUACAUUUGGAUUCAGCUGCCAUUGUUUACCUUCUGCCGGUCAUCCGACCUGCUAGCGCAAGGUGCUAGAAAUUGCAUUGUGGCACAACAUCGGAUUGUGUGGUAGAAGAUGUAUACCCAUACAUAGCAGCGACGUUUUCAGCAUGCUUCAAGCGGUUUUAAAUGAAUGUGGCGGACCCUGUGUUACCAAACAGUAGAAACAGAUCGACAGCAUUGCGUGUAAUUGUUAUUGCUAUCGACAUUCACACCAUCGCAACUACGGUAAUCGGAUCCCAGCGAAGUAAGGGGAUCGCAUAUGCACACUAACUCCAUCAAACUAUCACCAUGGGCAGCUGCUUGACAUGCUUCCGUACACCGCCCAACACUAAUGUUUCCACUGCAACUGGUGUUCCGAACAAUGUCGGUGGUACGACCCAUGAUCCCGCCCUGACGUACACCGAAAUGGACGCAAUUGGUCAUGAAACCGACGACCUCCUGCCCGUGAGCGUAACCGGGCAUCGAAUGGGCCAUGGGGACAAACGUUCCGGAGGAAGCUUUAAAAAAUCGACUGUCGGUGGAAUGUUGAACGGAAAUAUUUCGUCCGCGCUUACCGGCAGCGGGACGGUCGGUGUUGGCGGAAUGAUCGGUUCGACCGGCGGUUUAAUGCCAGAAAACAUGAACAAUAAUGGAACAGGUAGCAAGGAAUUGUGUGGAGGUAUGGGUGGUCUUCAAGUAUUGCUGUCCGAUAACGAUUUGAACAGACUGUUCGAAAACUAUAAGGAUACACAGGAAGAUGCAAUACUAUCGGAGGGUAUCGAACGGCUGUGUGGUGAUCUCGGCUACAAGCCGGACGAUUUUGCGAUACUCGUCUUGGCGUGGCGCUUGGACGCGAGUCAGAUGUGUCAGUUUACGAAAGCCGAAUUCAUCCAGGGCUUACAGCGGAUGAAUGCGGCCAGCAUCGAAGACAUACGGACUCGGUUGCAACAGAUCGUGGAACGACUACGCACCGACAGUACGGAGGACUUUAAAUCACUGUACCGGUUUACGUUUCGGUUCGGCCUAGAGCCGGGUCAUCGGAUACUUUCCCUGGACAUGGCGAUCAGUUUGUGGCGGCUCGUGUUUACCGUCCAUACGCCCGAAAUUCUGCAGCGCUGGUUGGAUUUUCUCGAGCAGCACCAACACAUCCGAGGUGUCCCGAAGGAUACCUGGAACAUGUUUUUAAACUUUGUGGAAACCUGUGAUAUCGAACAUUACGAUGACACGGAGGCGUGGCCAAGCCUCUUUGACGAUUUUGUCGAUUAUGAGCGGGAACGCACGGGUCGGAUUGCGAAGGUUAAGGACGACAGUGGUGGAGAGCCGCCACCGGGUCAUUCCGACUGCAACGGCUCAUAGUAUUUUGCUAGGUAACACCCUUUAACCACUGUAUUCUUUUCCCCUCAUGCAUUUUUUUAUAAAAUCAUCAUACCCCGUUUUGUCCCAUGUACGGUGAAAUUUUUUCAGUCUUCGGAACACUGACUGAUCGGACUGACUGAUCAAUAACGCAAAUGAACGCCGGUGAUCUCCUUACAUGUAUUUUUUUUCCCUGCUAAAUGUGCUGCCGUCGUUAAAAUUAGCAAUGUUUAGCAAAACCCGUGACGGACGAAGACCGGUGACAUUUCCCCGACGUUUUUUAUAGCAUUUUUAUUAUUUAUUGAAUUCAUCGUAUCAUGCGAAGCACCUUCCGAGACAUUUACGCGGUCUACCGACGAGAGGAGCAUUCGAAUUUUAUUAUCGGAUCACAUGGAAAUAGUACUUGUGCACAAAAGCAGCUACAGACUGCACGUCAAGUGUUAUUCUUCCAACGUUUAAUCCGUUCGAUAUAUACGUUUGUAGAAGGGAAUUGUUUUCAGCGAUUCUACAUCAUUUAUAGGUUUUACCGAAGUUGUUCAUGCGGUGUAGUAUUCAUUCGUUUAAUGGUUUAUUACGUUCAGAAACCUUAGUAGGAGGAAACAGAAGUUAGAAAAAAGAAAGCCGAGAGACGAUUACAAAACCUUAGAAGACAAAUUGGAUCGUUUGUUGUUGAAAUUUAUCUCGUUGUACAAGUUUUAAGGUCAAAAGCGAUGCGAAAUUCGCUUACACGGUGCAACCACAGUACAUGUGUGUUUUGUGAUUGCCAACAAUUAGUUGCGGAAAAUAACUUUGCGAAAUAAAAAAUCACACACAAUAGCGUAAACGACGAAUCACGAAAACAAAAAUUCUAGAGACAAAUAUUUAUGUAGAGAGCAUAAUGGCUGUAUCGCAUAUAAGCCGCGAAAGAUCGCUGUGAGGCGAGAGUACUGAGUAUAUAGAUAAAAGAGGAACCCCAUUCCCAUCAUGCUACUAACGCGAUCGUUUUUGUGUGCGAGAUGCAAAUUGAAACAAAUGAUGGCAGAGAAUGAAGAGCCAGAAGCCGGCGAUCAAUGUGAUUAAUUCAUAACUAUUAGUGCACGGUCUUAUUUUCGGUUCUUUUCCAAGCGUGCUAUCUAAUAUGCAUAUAGUCUAAAACGCGCAGCUAACGUUUCGAUUGCAAUACGGUGGCGAACUGAAGGAGGGAGCAUUUUCCACGUGGCGGCUGCGGUCAGUAACUGAUAACUAACUUAACGGCGGAUAAUCGGAUUGGCGGAUAUCAAAACUUAGUGUAAUUAUCGCAUUAACAUUAAACGGUUUUGAAAUAAAGGAAACAAGCCUAU